GAUGAUUCUAUCCACAAGGGACGCGGCUUCUAGGUGUGAUUCCGUUCCCGUUCGGAUAUCGGUGCCAUGCUUGCAAUUAAAUCUACCGCCUGUUUAGGCAGCAUAAUAAAAAGACGAAUGCCCUGAAUCUAUCUCGAGAGUCAAGUUCCUUUCUUACAUCUUUCCAUAUAUCUCUGUGCUCUCUUGAAACAAGCAUCAAAUAAAAAAAAACAAGCUUUCACCAAGCCUCCAAGCAACUAAACAACCCGUCAACAUGACCGUUCCCAAUUCCGACCCCACAUUUCGCAACUACACCAGCAAGCAAGCCGCAACAUAUGCCGCGCACCGUCUCUCGUAUCCCGCAAAACUGUACGAGACGGUGAUCAAUCACCAUGAGAAGACCGGGGGCCAGUUCAAUCGAGUGCUUGAUCUGGGAUGUGGACCCGGAAAUGCUACUCGAGAUAUCGCGGGAUAUUUUGAGGAGGCGAUAGGCUGUGAUGCGGGCGAGGCUAUGAUCGGGACUGCGAGGGAAAUGGGGGGUAAGACGAAGAUCGGGAAGGAUAUUGUUUGGGUGAUUGGGAGUGGAGAGAAGUUUACGGGGCUGGAGGAGGUGGGAGAGGGGACGCUGGAUUUGAUUACUGUUGCUAUGGCGGUACAUUGGUUUGAUAUGGAUAAGUUUUGGGCGCAGGUGGCGAAAGCAUUGAAGCCCGGAGGAACGGUCGCGUUAUGGACACGCGGUAGUACCCUAUGUUCCUUUCCCCCUCACCCCCUCCAUAAAUCCCCCCACUAAGCUCCUCAAAGCAUCCUACUACCCGCAUCCCUCGGUACCCAACCGCACCAAGCUCCUCGAGAUCUUCCUAAAUUUUGAGCGAAACAUCUUGGCCCCCUACGAGCUACUCCCCAACCGUCUUUCCCGGGACAUGUACGACAAUCUUCCUCUUCCCUGGAAUAUCCCACAUCCCAUUCCCUCUUCCGUACUACCCGAAUCUCAAUUUCUCAAACUCGACUACGACCGCGAUGGAAUCCUCUCCGAUCCAGAAUCCGACGAUUUCUUCUUCGGCGGGCGAGAAGUCACGCUUAAGCAGGCGGAAAAGUCACUGGAGACAGCUAGUAUGGUGACUAGAUGGCGGGAAGCACAUCCGGAAAUGGUGGGAACUGAGAAGGAUGUUUUGAAGCUGCAUAUGGAAGAAUUGAGGAAAGCGAUGGGCGGGAACGAAAGUAUGCGGACUGGAAGUGGCACCACGAUUAUCCUUGUCAAGAAGGCUCUUGAGACUUAAUUCUCUACAUGCGUGUAUUCUUUACUAUAAGCUGUGCUGGAAAUGCGGCACACUGUCCUUUUAUUUGUGGUUAGAUAUUAGAAGUCCAGUAGAUGGAAUAGAGGAUAAGAUAAUUGGAUGUCAAAACAUUGGAGAAAAAGACAGGAUUCAAUACUUACGCGAGUAAAUAAACUAAAACAUAUCUGAAGCCCCAAGUUAUUACAUGGCAGUGAUCAACGAAGAACUAGAUAAAAAUAAAAAUA